GGUAUUUGUUUUGGUGGAUUGUCAGUUGUCAGUGUCAGUAUCAGCAGGGCGUUUUGUUAUUGAUCUGGGUUGUGUUCCAAGUCCAGUGGAUUUUUGCGCAUUAUUCCGAAAAGAUCAACUAAGGAAAAAUGACGAUUCUAACAAAGCCAUUUUCCGAGAAAAAGGAUAAUCUGGAUGUGCCCUUAGUGGAGAAUGACGCUGCACUUCCAGAGAAACAUAUUGGAGGUCCUGAUGUAGAAGCGCAGACUCAUCAUCGUCGCAUUAUUAUCUUACCAGGACAUGCCAGACGCGUUACUUCGACCACUCUGCUGUGGCUGCUGGUUGUCGCGCUAGCAGGAGCCAGUGUGGGAAUUGUUGGGGGCAGAAUGAUCUACAAUGAGUACAUCAGAGUGCUUUCCCGACCAUCGUAUUCAACAGCCCGCGGUUGGGUCAGCAUACCCAAGCCUGCGACCAUCGACAGCGAUUAUGGAACCAGCGAAGAAGACCCCUAUGCGAGCAUGUUCAAGUACGCGGCUAAUAGAGUGUUUACUUACACUAAGCCAAUGAAUCUUCUGGUUUUUUUUGUUAGGAACGGCGACGACCGCUGGAGCAAGGAGGCCGAUGACUAUUUCCAGGAAAACGUGGAUAUCGACACUGUAAACGACCUGGAGAAAAUCGAUGUUCCCAAUUUCAAAAACGGCCGCACUGGCCGUUUUAUCCACGACUUUAACACCAACUACACGGGCAUUUUGGAUGUUACAGGGGGCCGGUGCUUCGUAAUGCCGCUGAACCGAGACAAAGUGCUGCCACCCAAUUCGCUGUUCGAUUUGGUGCAUAAAAUGUGGGAUGGUUACUACAGGGUGAACACGGAAGUGAUCAGGGAAACCAUGCGAGUGGUCACGCCUCCUUUGAGCGACACUUCCGAUAUUGGUGUUUACAUCAACUCCGAAUGCCAGUCGAUGCCCAUCUACAAGCUGGAGAAAUUUGUCGGCGGCGUGGUGAAACGUUCUGCCAGUGCGGAAGAUCAGAAGCAAUUCGCUCAGUUUGCUGGCGAGGGCGUUUUGGAGUUCAAUAUCCUGAAUAUGGACGAAGUCUUGGACUAUGAGACGAAGAACAACAUCAAUCAACCCGCCACCUAGAGCUCGGGGUGAUUGUGUUUCCUUACCUUAGAUAUAUUAUUACUAGAUGUAACUGGACGUUAUUGAGAUAUCAUCCGGUUUAACGGCUUCUUUCACUAAACUAAAUUCAACCGUUUGUAGAUACUUGAAUUGUUUGGAAACUUAUGUAAAGAUGAGCAAUUCAUUGAAGGGUUUUGUUUGAAUAAACUGUUUCUUUUUAUAA